AUGCAGGCCUUUUGCUCGCAUGCGCCGCGAUAUGAAAAGAACAGCAGAGACACAUCGAUAGAAACGGGGCCUGUUGAUAUUACAGCAGGCUUCCCAACUCCGGAGAUCGGGUCAUACAAAAUCCAGGAUGCCUACGAGGAAGAGAGAGCUCCGGUCAAAGAGAGCGGUAGAGAAGACGACUCGGCGGCAGCGACGGCUAAGCCCAAGCAUACGCCGACUUCAAUACAGCGGUCCAAGCAGAGACCGGACGUGGUGUCGGAGGCUCAAGCCCAGGAUAUAACACAACCACAAUCGCCCACAAAGCGAACUCCAAAAGCUACAAGGGGCUCGCCAUCCACGCCGCAGCUCUCUGUGUCCGAGAAUACGACCGCGGCACCCAGAGAUGAAAAUGCAAGACCCAACGUACCACCCAACGUCCUUGCCGCGUACCGCACUCCGCUCUACCAUCCUGUCACCCACGGGAUCCCCGUGUGCCAGCUUCAGCUCCGCUCCUUCAGCACUCGCAACCUCGAGUUUUUCGCCGACUUCUGCGUCCGCGCCGCGUACUACCUAUCGCUGCCCUGUCGGGGACCGACGCCCCUCCCGAAGAAGAUUGAGCGAUGGACGGUCCUCAAGAGCAACUUUGUGAAUAAAAAGGCCCAAGAGAAUUUUGAGAGGAUUACAAUGAAGAGGUUGAUUACCGUGUACGACGGACAUCCAGAAGUGGUCGAGACGUGGUUGGCGUUUGUGAGAAAAUGGCAGUUUUAUGGAGUGGGUAUGAAGGCAAAUCUGUGGGGUUGGGAAGGUCUUGAUGUUGCAUCCAAGAUGGACCACGACUUCACGUCUCUCGAGAAAGAACUCGAUAGCAAGCUGCGUCUGUUUGGAUUCAACAAGACAGCGGGCAAGAAGAACGAUCUGCUUGACCUACUCGAGAGACAGGGACAUAGGCGUGAAGGUAUUGGCAUGAGCGAGGUUCGGGAGAAGAGCAGGACGACUGAGGAUCCCUGGUAA